AUGGGCCGCACAAAGCGAGGCACUAUGACCCCCACCACACCAAGGACGCAAGGUGAGGGCCCGUCUGCCUCCAUCCGCAGCUACCUACACACGCCGGGGAUCCUCACCUCGCACCACGAGGCAUCCAACAUGGCGCCCUCCUCACCAGGAUCAACUGUCUCUGAGGACAGCCUGCUCACUGCUGCCGGCUCCCGAGAUCAGGGGACUCCCACACCAGACUGGUAUGCGCUGUUCACUUCCCUGCCUAAAAAAGAAGACCUCCAAUCAAUAGUACAGGCGGUGAAAACGACCCUCAGAACUGAGAUUGCUUCCCUGCGCACCUCCUUGCAAGAUUUGGAGGGAAGAGUGACAGCGCUGGAGAAAGCUGGCCCCACAAUGCAGGUACUGCAGCCCACUCACACCUAUGACAGGCAACUCACUGACCUGCGGCUCCAUGUAGAAGACCUGGAUAACAGGAGCCGCAGGAACAAUAUCAGAAUAAGAGGACUCCGCGAACCCAUAGGCCCAGAACACCUAAGAGAGACGCUGAUCCCGCUAUUUAACCUAAUACUGCAUAGACCCCCAGAAGCACGUCUGAAGAUUGAUAGGGUGCACCGUGCCCUCCGCCCAAAGCCACCUCCAUCUGCCCCACCACGAGAUGUCAUCUGCUACAUACAAGACACUCAGCUGAAGGAAGAGAUCAUGCAAGCAGCAAGGACGGAACGAUCGUGGCGGUACAAGGGCCAAACGGUGGAGUUGUACAACGACCUCUCCCACCUCACCCUACAAACUCGCAGGGCCCUCCGCCCUAUCACCACGCUACUCCAGGAACACCAGAUAAGGUACCGGUGGCACUUCCCAUUCGCGCUCACAGCACGCAAAGACAACAUGGAAGCCACAAUCCGGCUCCCAGCGGACGUUCCCAUCUUCCUGGACACCUUGGGACUACCGGCCACCGCGGUACGGGACUGGACUGACUGCCCCCUCAAUGAAGGAUACUUGGGCAGACCGGUGGCCCGUGCAUUGGAAGCGGGUGGGCUAGUCGGGGACAUAGCCCCACCCCACCAGAGCGCCCAUGAGGAGUAA